AUGGCGCUCAUCAAUAAAAUUCAACCGAGUCAUGCUGUUCCACCUACUAGACGCUCAGAAAAGCUAAAAAAAGUUGGGUCUCUUGUGGAAUUAUUUGAUUUCUUCGUGUUGAAUGAAGGGGCGGUUAUUGAUACUGUGUCCGUUAACACCUUCUUAUACACCUAUCGGAUAUUUGCCGAUAUGGAAUUAGUCUUGGAAGUUGUAAAUAAAAAAUUUUGGGAUACAUGCCAUUCAAGCCUAAUACCUACCUCUUGGAAAGUUGGGAUUAUUUCGUCUUUUCAGUAUUUUCUUGGUGCAUGGUUGCAGCAGCCUCAUGUAAAAGAUUUUGAUUCCCCACAGAAAAUUAUUCAUCUUAAAUGGCUAAUACGGAUUCUUGCCGGUUGGUUUGAUGUUUUUCAACCCUCUUAUAAUCACGACAGUCACAAUUAUGUUCUAAAAGAGUUGAUGAGGUGCUGUGGAAAUAAUGUGUCUUCUAGAAAUCAAGAUACGACGCGAAGCGUUUUGUGCAACAUUGAUUCAGAAGUUUGGGAUCGAAUUACUGCAGAUAUGGAGUAUUUAUGCCGACAAGCUGUAAAUUGUCUCAAAAUCAUAGCCUGUAAAUAUCAAAUAGACUUAACUCGGGAAAAACAAUUACCGUCAGUGCGUAUAAUCACCAUAAAUCGAGUCAGUUGUCAUCAUUCACUACACAACUCUGCAAUGCAUAAAUCAGAAAAGCAUUUAAAAGAAAUAAUUACCAUUACACCUUCUAUUAACCCCUUAAUUAAUCUAUGGAAUUUAAAUUUAGAUACAGUUGCUGAACAACUGACUGUUGCUGAUCAGAGAUUAUUUCUCGACAUGGAGUUAAAUGAUUGCCUGAUAUAUGCUAGAGGCAAACCUGCUCCAUCCGUGCAAGCUACAAUCGACCAAUAUAAUAAAUUAUAUCAUCUUGUCCAAAGUUCAAUGUUUAACUCAGAUCAGGAUUUUCCAAUACUAGUAGAACCUACACCGAUCUAUUCAAGACGUUUUAAUAAACGGGGUAAUUAUAAUAGUCCAACGACAAGAGUUAGUCCACAGAUAAUAACGAUAUGGUCUAAAAAUUCACCUAAUCAUAAUUCUUUGGCAUCGGAUGUGGGAAAAUUAAAAACUGGAUGCAUAAUUACAUGGAUUGAUAUUGCUUAUCGAUUAGGACAAACAAGGAAUUAUUCAGCAUUAAAAGCCAUAAUUAUGGCUUUGCAGUCCACUCCAGUACUCCGAUUAUGGCAUAGUUGGAAUGUUUUGGAAUAUCAUUAUCAUGAACAUUUUAUGAAGUUUAAAUAUUUGGCUUCUGUAGUAAGCUUUGAUAAUAAUCAAGAACAAUUGAGAAAACGGUUAGAUAAGUGUGCGAACAAAAUGUAUUGGUACUUAAAACUCAACAAUCCAAAUCCAUUAUGUGGAGACAUAAGCAGACCUGGUGAUAUCUCACAAUUUGAAGAUUCUGAUGCAGAAUAUAGCAAGAGGACUAAGCAUUCAACUUUACCAAAUCAGUCAUCUUAUUUAAGUGGUGUCAUACCGUAUCUCGGUGUAUUUCUUAGUGAUUUAACUUUAUUGCAUCAUUCGUCACCGGAUUAUAUCAGUCGAUCAAAAUAUUCCCCAUCAAAUGAGACUAAACAAGAAAUUAUUACAAAUAAUCAGGAAAGUGCCCUCGCUUCUACUACUACUACUACUGAUGAUAAUAAUAACAAUAAUAAUAUUAAUUCAUCAGUAAUCAAUCCAAUAAAUAAUACUAAUGAUUUUUCAAAACAAUCAGUUAAAAAUCAGUAUGGUAAAAUAAAGCUGUUGCAUAUAUCAGAUCAACUUGGGAAUUUCACCCGAAGUACACCUGAUUUAUCAGCAGUAAUAGCAUCGUCAUCAACCGUACAAUCAGAUAAUAACAGUACGAAACAAUCCUGGAAAUUAUUAAAAAAUGUAUCAUCAAAUACAAAUGUCCCACCUAUUAAACCAUCAGUUUCUGCUGAUCGUAAUGAUAAUAUCCAAUUAAAUGGGCGUGUCAAGAAGGAAAAGUUUGGCCUUUCUAGACGUCAUUCUACAACUGAUAGUGCUGAUGACAAAUUAAUCAAUCUGGAUAAACAUCGUCGAGAGUUUAGAAUUCUAGCAAAUAUUUUUCUUCUUCAACAAAAUGCCCAAUUUUAUUCACUUAGACCUGAACCAGAUUUUAUUACAUGGUUUCAUUCUUAUCCAUUAAUCUCAGAAAAUGAAGCUCUCAAUCGUUCUUGUGAUCUAGAACCAGUUGAUGAACAAGUACAACAGCAUAUAAAUAGACCUUUCAGCGCAUCUCCAUAUACAUUUGAUACAAGUGAUUCAAGUGGUGCAGUCGAUAUAAUAAAUAGUAAUAAAUCACGACACCCACGUAAUAAUACAAAUAUCCAUGUAGAAAGAUCUAAAUAUGCUAUAACCCGUCCACCUAGUGCUACAGCUAUUGGUGCCACUACUACUACAUCACUCAUGAGGAAUCCUAACACUAACAUUAGUAUUAUUAAUAGUAUUAGUCCAAGUCGAAAUAAUAAAUCACGAAUUAAUGGAACAUAUUCAUCAAGUGAUUUACUUAAUGAUAUCAAAUACAACAGGUCAACAACUACUGACGAACUAAUCACAGGAAAUAGUUUGAACAUUUUAUAUCAGCAAAAUAACCACAAACAUAAUAUGAAAACAUCAACUUCUAGAUGGAACACACACAAGAGUUCAUCAACUACAUUCGAUGCACGUAAUGAUAGCAAUAGUAACAACAGUAAUUUAUCCAUUACUGUUUCUUUGCAUCAUACAAAUAGUCAGCAUGAUGGUCGUGUCUCACCAUUUAUUGCUAAAGUUGCUCAAUUAGGUAGCCUGUCUCAUGGAUCGCAUGGCCAUAACGAUAAUCGUUUUUCUAAUUCGAAACAAACGCAACCCACAAUUCAAUUGUCGGUUUCUCCUGUGGAUAGUGUUUCUGAUGUGCUAUCGAAAGCCCUAAAACUAUUUGGUUGUGCCGAUCAAAAGGUUGAUAAUUAUGAUCUCAUUCAUGUCUGUAAAGAUGCUCGAGAUGUAACUCUACCAAAAAAUUCCAACUUUUAUGAAUCGAUAAAUUAUUCUUCCUUUCAUUUAUUAAAUAAUAAACAUUAUGAAUUAUUAGAAUUUAUUUGUACACCAACUAUUCAUAAUGAGAAUAAUAAUGACAACAAUAGUAGUAACUAUAGUAAUAGUUUAAACAGUUCACCAUCAUCAUCGUCAGCAGCAUAUAUAAAAACUAACAAUAACACAAAUUAUCAUGGUAAAAAUCACAAUCCACAGCCUAACAGGACUGCAAUUGAAUAUGCUAAACACUAUAAAUUAACAAGUAAAAGCUCUAAUAAACAUUGUACUGUUGAAUUAUGGUCAUGA